GCCAGGAAGGAGCUUCCCUUUGAGAGCGUGGAGGCCGGCAUCUCCUACUUGCAGCUCAAGGCAGAUGAGGAGGCGGCGGCGAAGCGCAAGUUAGGCUCAGCAGCUGUUCCGGCCACAGCGCUGAAGGCGCUGCAGUGCCCAGAUGGCCACCCCAUCACUCGGAGGGGGGAGCCGGCGAAAUUCUUCCAGGACAAGAGGACCUGCCACGUGUGCGGCACCGGCAUCGGUUCCGUGUCCACGUUCUGGCGAUGCACCAAGAACUGCAAGUACAACGUGUGUCACCAAUGCUUGCAGAGUGCCGCCCAAGACGCCGGCCAAGCCCAGCUCGAAGUCCCCCGAAGCGAGGCGCCCAGCGAGAGCAUCGAGAGCGACGUCUUUGCGCUGGAGCACACGGUGUAUUUCGAGGGCCGGGGCCGGCUCUGGGCCUUCAGCUUGCAGCUGGACUUUGGGCCGCAGCUGGCGGAGCUGCGGAGCUGCUUCCAGGCGCCCGACGCAGUGCUCUUGCGCUGCGACGGGGAGGUGGAGGUAAUCAGCUCCCUGCAGCAGCUGCAGGCGCCGGAUUUGAGCGCGCUGCAUCUGGAGGAGCCACAGCCACUGCUGGCGAGGGUGCUGGCGGAGCCGAAUCUCAGGCAGCUGCUCGCUAUCUUGUGUGCCCCAGAGCUGGCGAGCGAAGCUUUUCGCCAGGACGGCGUGCGGAUCUUGGUGGAGGUGAUUUGCGUGAGUGACGACGACAUCGAAUUGGCCUCCAAAGGACUGUGCGCUCUUCUCCACACGGAUCGGGAUUUGGCCACAUCCCAUUUGAAAGCUCUCUGGCCUGAAAUGGGCCUGACGCUGAUGCGGCGGCUCCUACAGCGCCCAGAGGGCGCCAGUCUGGCGGUGACCCUUUGGCUGGUAGAGGCGCUGGAGGAGGCGGCCGAGGCCUUCGCAGCGGCAGGCGAGUCGCCGCACAUGGCCGCGCCCGGGUACCGCGUCGCCGCCAAGCUGGCGCGGCGGAAGCCGCCGGAGCCGACUUCGCCGACUCCGCCGACGUCGCCGGAGAAGGCCAUGGACAAAGAUCCCAGCGUUGAGGAGGACACGUGCGAAAGCACACGAGAGCUGCUGGACAUCUUGACCGCAAGCGUGUCGGCACCCCGAACGGCCGCGACGGAUCAAGGCAAGCAGCUGGAGGAGGAGAAGAAGUACUCGCAGAUGCUGCGGCAGAGGCUGCGGCAGCAGCACGCCGCGCUCAAGGUACAUCGAUGGAAGCGUAACGACGCGGAGGACAUGCUGGAGGAGGCUGCGGCGCCGCUGCUGCGCCUGAACGAUGCCCAGCUGGAGCAGACUCUGAGCUCCGUCAUCGAGAAGGGCUGGGAUUCCACGGAUUGGCCGCGGGGCAAGAGCCUGCUGCACUUCCUCUGCGAGCACUGCACAGAUGCGCGGGGCCUGCGCUUCGUGGCGGCACUGUGCCCAGACCUGGAGGCCAGGGACGAGCAGAACUGCCGCGCCAUGGACUACGCGCUGCGGAACCCCAACCCGCAGGUGGUAGAAGCGCUGCUGGCGGUGAGCAGGGAGCGAAACUGCUCUGAGGCCCCGCAGGAGGCGAGCUUCAAAGUGCUGGAAGAGGUGCCCGACUUGGAGGAGCUGCCGAACCUGGCGAGCCUCGAGCAAGAGGAGAAAGAGCCAUUAGGGCGUCAGUCCAUCGGAGCCUUCUACCUGCUUCAGACCAAGCUCGCCAAAGUGGAGCGAGAGAACGAGCUUCUGAAGAAGAAGGUGGGUGAGAUGGAAUCUCUCCGCACCCGCCUCGCCAAGAUGUCUGAGCCAGGGGGCAGUGAGGAUUGCAGCGGCUUGAUUCCGGAGCCGUACGCGCGCUUCGAGCUCAAGGAGCUCCACGAGCUCCAGCGCGUCUCCGAGUCCCGGCUCCGAGGAGACUCCCAGUCCAGUGCGACAUCCACGGCUGAUGGCGCCUCCGCCUAUGAAGCUGAGGAGGUCGCCAGCACCUCCAGCCUCGAGCCGGAUGACGCGGCGAAGUCUCUCGCGGGUGUCCUGGAGAAAGAGAAGCCGACCUCUCCGACGUCCGCCGGCAGCGAGGCUAGCGAGGAUAAGUCAAAGGAGCCGGAAGGGAAGUUGGAAGCAAAGGAGGCAAGAACUGAAGUAACUGAAGCGAAGACGGCGGAGCCUUUGGCGACGGAAGAGAAGGAUCCCGUUGCGCCGGAGGUGAAGGAGGCGCCCAAAGCGCCGCCCAAAGGCAAGGGCAAAGGCAAGGCCAAGCCGCCUCCGGCGCCGGCUGACGCAGGGCCUGCAGGUGACAAGGAGCCCAAGGGCAAAGGCAAGGGCAAGGCAGCUGCUGAGCCCACCAAGCCAGCCGUGACCCCACACCAGGAGCUGAAAUCUGUGCCCUGGACGCGCUACAUCGGCGCCCAGAUCAAGGAAGGCACCGUUUGGGACCAGGUGAACCAGGUCUACCAGAGCGAGGGCAUCAUGCAGGCUUUGCCCUGUGAGGAGAUUGAGAAGCGGUUCGGCAAAAGCAGUGCCUCGAAGCCGAAGGCGCCUUCGCGCAGGGCGGAGAAGCCCAAGACCGUGAAGCUGAGCAGCAUCAACCAGCAGGACCGCUUGCAACUCGAGCUGACGCUGCGCACUCUGCCGGUGACUCUGAACACGGGCGCCAAGGCGGCUAUGGCCCUCCAGGCGCCCCACGUUUUGUCCCCGGAAGAGCUGGGCGCUUUAAAGCGGCUCUGCCCCACCGCGGAGCAGGAGGCAGAGCUUCGUCAAAAGCGGCAAGCUGCUUUAGAGGACGAGUCCUUCAAAUGGGACCCAGUGGAGCAGUACAUGGAGGAUCUCUCGCAGAUCUCCGGCUGUGCCAUGCGCCUAAGCUGCUGGAAGUUCCUGUAUAACCUUCCAGAACGGCUUUCCCACCUGCAGGAGAACCUGUCGCGCUUCGAGCGCAUGCUGCACAGCUUCCUGCACUCCAAGGAGAUCCCUUUCCUGUUGAGCCUGAUUCUGGCCUUCGGCAACUACCUGAAUGGCGGCAAGAACGAGAAGCGCCUGGGCCGCGCGGACGGGUUCCACGUGGAGCUCCUGGGCCGCCCGGGCGGCCUCGACCAGGUGAACGACUCCCAGGGACGUAAUGUCCGGCAGCUGAUUUUCGACGUGUACUGCACCAAGUACGCCAGUCAGGCGGAGAAGCUCCUGGAGGAGCUGGGGCCCGCCUUCGCGCUGGUGCAGCGGACUUUGGGCAAGGACUCCCAGCAGGUGCCGCAGCUGAGGAAGAGCGUGCGGGUGCAGAUCGAAGAUCUGGACAAACAGCUUACGCAGCUGAAGUCCGAGUUUAGCGCUGAGCACCAGGAGUUGAAGGAUUGCUUGAAGCUGAUUGCGGACCCUGCAGACAAGUUUGUCCUCGAGAUCCCCGGGAAGUUCGAGCAAGCCAAACAGGACAUGGAGGAGUUGAUCCUGCGGAAGGAUCAUGCGAUGCAAAAGUUCAAGGAGGUGCUGAGCGUGUUCAAGGCUGAAACCUAUCGGGGCGACCCCAUCGUCACGGACGGUCAGGUCAAGGAUGGCAACCCCAAGGAGGAAAUGACCAGCGAGGUGUGGUGCAAGAUUUGGGAUGACUUCUUCGUCCCUUCGGAAAGAGCUCUAAGCUUCGAUGAGAAGAGGCAGAAGGAGCUGAUCGAGCCACGGUUUUGCAAGGAGAAGCCUGUGUCCUUGGAGAGCCUCUCGAUACUUUGGGGCUUGAGCAGUGCGACAGUGGAGAAGCCCCGGAGGUCGUUGGCAAGACGUCGCGAGUCGAAGACGGUGGCGGUGGCCUAAGGUCACCUCAUUCGUCGCCUGAAGCUGUCGCCUUUUGUUGUGUUCCAAAUUGGAACGUUCCGAGUUUUUGCCGCCGAAGCCAGCCACAUGGGAGGGGUCGCU